CCUGCUCCCCUCCUCUCCCCUCUGCUGGAAUGAGUGCCUGAGGAUUAAGGAGCAGGGAAGCUGGACUAGAGGACCACAGGAUUGGGAUUGGCAUCAUUGGAGGGCUCGGGCAGGACUGGAUUAUUGUCGGAGAAACCAGAUUGGACUGCAGGCUGUUUUGUACUGGGAUUGGUGACUCAGUUAGACUUGUGGAUUCUAUGAAAAUAACUGAAGUGAGAAUCAAACAGCUGCACUGGGACCAUUGAGACUUGUGGUGAAGCCACUCAGCAGCAGACAGGCGCUUUCUCUGGUACGAACCUCAGGACUGUGACACAAAUGUUGCCUGAUGACCUCAGUCCAGAGGAGAGACAGGAGCUGGAAAGCAUCCGCCGCAGAAAACAAGAGCUACUGCAGGACAUACAAAGGCUGAAGGAUGAGAUAGCAGAGGUGACCAAUGAGAUUGAAAACCUGGGCCUGACUGAAGAGAGGAAAAGCAUGCAGAGGAAUAAACAAAUGGCCAUGGGCCGAAAGAAGUUCAACAUGGACCCCAAGAAGGGGAUUCGCUUCUUGAUUGACAGCUCCCUGCUGAAAAACACCAGCGAUGACAUCGGCCAGUUUCUCUACAAGGGUGAGGGGCUCAAUAAGACCGCUAUCGGCGACUACCUAGGGGAGAGAGAUGACUUCAACAUCGAGGUUCUGCACGCCUUCCUGGAGUUACACGAGUUCUCAGACUUGAACCUGGUUCAGGCUCUCAGGCAGUUCCUGUGGAGCUUCAGGCUGCCCGGUGAGGCUCAGAAGAUCGACCGCAUGAUGGAGGCGUUCGCCCUGCGUUACUGUCGCUGUAACCCCGGAGUGUUUCAGAGCACAGAUACCUGUUAUGUGCUGUCGUUCGCUGUGAUCAUGUUGAACACCAGUCUACACAACCCCAACGUGAAGGACAAACCCACCGUUCAGAGAUUCCAGGCGAUGAACAGAGGCAUCAAUGAUGGAGGAGACCUGCCGGAGGAGCUACUCAGGAACCUGUACGACAGCAUCAAGAACGAACCCUUUAAGAUCCCAGAGGAUGAUGGGAACGACCUCACACACACCUUCUUCAACCCCGACAGAGAAGGAUGGCUGCUGAAACUCGGAGGUGGACGAGUAAAGACCUGGAAGAGACGCUGGUUUAUUCUCACAGAUAACUGCCUCUACUACUUUGAAUACACAACUGAUAAAGAACCCAGAGGAAUUAUUCCACUGGAAAAUCUGAGUAUCAGAGAAGUCGAUGACUCCAAGAAACCGAACUGCUUCGAGCUCUUCAUCUCGGACCACAAAGAUCAGGUGAUCAAAGCCUGCAAGACGGAGGCAGAUGGACGCGUCGUCGAGGGAAACCACACUUAUUACAGAAUCUCCGCCCCGACCGCAGAGGAGAAGGACGAAUGGAUCACCAGCAUCAAAGCCGCCAUCAGCAAAGACCCGUUCUACGAGAUGCUGGCUGCUCGGAAGAAGAAGGUCUCGUCUCUGAAGGGGCUGUAGAGCUGCUGAGGAUUUAAACAUUGAAAGACUAGACCUGAUACUCCUGCUGCAGCAGAGACACUUUGGACCUGACAGAGGAUUCAGCUUUUAAAGAAGCUCUUCCUUUGUCACCUUUUGAACCGGCACACCUUCAGUCCGGACAGCUCGUUCUCUACAGGUUUGACCUUUUUGUUUAAAGUUUAUUUUCCCAUCUAGAGAUGAAAUGAUUCAGUCGUAGACCUCUUUUUUUAUCCUCCUUUUCAACACUCUACUUCUGCAGUACUGUAUCGAUGCCGUGCCCUCUGGUUAGGACUCCCACUCCUCUUAAAAUCUGCUGUCUGAUUCCUCUCAGAGCCACUUCAAACACUCUCUGAUUGAUCUGCUGUGGAACAACGAGUCUCUACAGCUACUCAAACAGGAGAUGUUUUCACUCAGAAUGAAAUUUACUGAAACAUUAUUCAUGGUUGAACAUGAGGUGAGAGAAAAAAGACAGCUGCUGAUGUUUGAUAAAAAACUUUUCUACAUCUUGUGGAAGACAAGAGGAGGAUGGGGAACAGCUGAAGAAUGAAUCACAUCAUUCAUUAAUGUGAUUCAGAUUCAGAAAACAAUGAAAAUAUCAUCUGGAAAACAAACUUCAUCUCAUCUUGGACGCUGGACUUUUAUUGUUUCGUCUGAAAAAUUGUCUUUUCUAAGCCUGUUUUCUUACUGCUGUUGGUCUUCUCUGUCAAAGCACUGUUACUGAAAAUGAAGGUGAUGCAUAAAUAGUUAAAUAUUUAUUUAUCCAGAUUUCUUGUAAUUUAUUGUUUUGAGUUUUUGUUUCAUUAAAACUUUGCAAACCAA